AUUAAAUCUACCAAAAGUUUAUAAUUAAUUUCAAAUCACUUUAAAAAUGGUCUUUCGUAUUGAAGUGAAUCUUGGCAAUCGAUUUCUUCUAUUCAAAACAAUGAAACGUAGAUUUGAUCCUAUUCAAUCAGUGAAUAAAUUCAAUGUUAAUAUAUCAAAGCAUAUUAGACAUUGUCAAAAAUAUUGUACAUAUUGUAGUCCUGAACGUUAUACCAUAUUGAUACAUAAUGAGAAUUUAAAUCAAAUUCAUUAUACAAUGUGUCCAUAUGAUGAAUUAUUGAUUAUGGCGAAAUCGAUGUGUACAAAUUCAAUGCAAGAUAUUACUAAUGAUAAUAAUGAUAGUAGUAAUAGUAAUAGUAUAACAAUUUUAGUUCUAUCGAUAAUAUGUGGUAAACUCCCAAAUUUCACAAAAUACAAUCCUGUUCUAAGCAAUGGAAUUAUUGACAUUAAUAACCACAACAAUACAAAUAUUCCUACCAAAAAAAACAAUACACUUCAUACAAAAUCAUCAAAUCCUUUGAAUACAACAAUCUCUAUCAAUAUUCAAACUAUUAGUAAGACAAUUCAACGAGCUAAACUACACAAAGUUGAUUAUAAACAGUCUAGAACAAAAUCCAAAUGGGGAAUUAUUAAUUUAUCCACAUGUGAUAAUCUACAUUCCAAUAGUUUUAUUGAUUUCAAUAAAUCAGCGAAUAAUAGGAAAGAUGUAGAAAAGAAUAUUUGUUACACUUAUGAGAAUCAUUAUCAUUGUUGUUAUUAUUACUAUUAUUAUUAUUGUUAUCAUUACUAUUAUUAUUCAUAUCAAAAAUCACCUCUUUAUACAACAUCAUGGUUUGACAAUCUACUGAAUAGUAGAAGUAGUAAAGACAUACAGCUGGGUUCAAAAAUGCCCAAUACAAAUUGUGAUGUUCGUACUGGAAAACUUAGUAGCAAUCAAAAUCCCAAUGAAAACUAUGGAAGUAAUAUAGAGAAAAUAUUUCUGGAAAACGAAAUAGACAAUGAGGUAAUGCGAUACAUGUCUCAGUUUGAUUCGAUCAAAAACUGUGCUCAAAUAAAAUCCAGAAAUAAUAAAUCAAAUAGACUGAAAGAUGAAAAAUUAUUAGUUAACUUACGUCCGCUAGAACCUGUUGGGUGUCAACUACUACAAAUGAAUUCAGCACCUGUUUCAAAAGGAUCGUGAACACUAAACUGAUGAAGUUAUGAUGGAACCUAAUUUUCUAUGUACAAAGAAAUACACAAAGGAAUUAAGUAAAGAGGAAAUUUCACCAACCGGAAAGAAAAAUAUUCUCCGACUUCUCAUGAAUCAAGAUGUGUGGUUUAGUUAUUUUGUAUCGUACUACCAGACAAUUAGAUGCACAAAUUAAUUUCUUAUCAAUCUUGCCUAACUUUUUUCCACUAAUCAAGUUCCAAACGAUGAUGUGUUUGUAUUUCUUUCAAACGGCCCUUUUAUGUCUAUAUUGUGAAUUAUUCGCCAAUUAGUCUAUCAAAACUGAC